AUGCAAAUAUUCGUAAGAACAUUAACCGGAAACAUCACUCUGGAUGUGGAGCCAUCCGAAACGAUUGGGGACGUUAAGUCAAAAAUUGAAGAUCAGGAACGAAUCCCAUCUGACCAUCAGAGGCUAAUAUAUUCAGGAAAGCAGUUGCAGGAUGUCGGGUUGCUGGCUGACUACAACAUCGAGAAGGAGUCCACUUUGCAAUUGCUGAUGCGAUUAAGAGGAGGAGCCAUCGAACCAUCCCUUGCUCAAUUGGCACAAAAGUAUAACUGCCAGAAAUUGAUUUGCAGAAAAUGUUAUGCUCGAUUACACCCAAGAGCCACUAACUGUAGGAACAAAAAGUGCGGAAGGACAAAUCAAUUGAGACCAAAGAAGAAACUCAAGUGA